UGCUGACAGGUUAUCACCGACGAGGCAGCUGGUUAUGGGUUUACAAGUUUGGUGCGAAAAGAUUGAAGUGCGGUGUCAGUGUUAAACUGCAAUUUUUGUAGUGUCUUUUCAUAGACCAGAAUUUCCGAUUAAACAUGUUCUCCGGACUAACAAACCAAGUGAGUAGCUGGAUGGGGGGUCCAGCGAAAAAAGAAGGGGAUCCUCAACAACCAGGAGAGGAGAAGUUGUCAUCUCCUGUGGCUGAUAUUGAGCCGAUUAAUAUAGGAGAAGGAGAUAAAAAAGAUGUGAGAUGGAUUUACACCAAAACCUAUGAGUCUUUAGUUAGAAUUGUCCAAUGA